UCUGUCUCUCUUCAUCCACUUCUCCUCUUCGGUUGAUCUCUCUUCUCUCCUUCUCUACCCCCAUAAAUUCGCCUCUUUUUCCUCUUUUUCGGAGUGCUCUGAUUCGAAUCUCCCGCUCUAGGGUUUCCUGCGCUUGAUCCGAUCAUCUAGCGAGGCGAAGAGAUGGCGGAUCGAUUGACCCGUAUUGCGAUCGUGAGCUCCGACCGGUGCAAGCCCAAGAAGUGUCGCCAAGAAUGCAAGAAGAGUUGCCCCGUCGUCAAAACCGGAAAACUCUGUAUUGAAGUCACCCCGGCCUCAAAAAUUGCUUUUAUUUCCGAGGAGUUAUGUAUUGGAUGUGGUAUUUGUGUGAAGAAAUGCCCGUUUGAGGCCAUUCAAAUCAUCAAUUUACCAAAGGACCUGGACAAAGACACUACUCAUCGCUAUGGACCAAACACAUUCAAGUUGCACAGGUUGCCAGUUCCAAGACCUGGGCAAGUUCUAGGCCUGGUAGGAACAAAUGGUAUUGGGAAAUCCACUGCACUUAAAGUGUUGGCUGGGAAGUUGAAGCCUAACUUGGGCCGAUUCAAUAAUCCUCCUGAUUGGCAAGAAAUUUUGACAUAUUUCCGUGGUUCUGAACUUCAGAAUUAUUUCACUCGUAUACUAGAGGAUAAUCUGAAGGCAAUUAUCAAGCCACAGUACGUUGACCACAUUCCAAAAGCUGUUCAAGGGAAUGUUGGGCAGGUGCUCGAUCAGAAGGAUGAGAGAGAUAUGAAGGCUGAAUUAUGUGUUGAUCUCGAGUUGAACCAGGUCAUUGACCGAAAUGUGGGCGAUUUGUCUGGUGGAGAGCUGCAAAGAUUUGCGAUUGCUGUAGUUGCUGUGCAAAAUGCAGAAAUCUAUAUGUUUGAUGAGCCAUCAAGUUAUCUUGACGUGAAGCAGAGGCUUAAAGCUGCACAAGUAGUCCGGUCCUUGCUUAGACCUAACAGCUAUGUGAUUGUUGUGGAGCAUGACCUCAGUGUCCUGGAUUACUUAUCAGACUUCAUUUGUUGCUUAUACGGAAAGCCAGGAGCUUACGGAGUUGUUACUUUGCCCUUUUCUGUGCGAGAAGGGAUCAACAUAUUCUUGGCUGGUUUUGUUCCUACAGAAAACCUCCGGUUUCGUGAAGAAUCACUUACAUUUAAGGUCGCUGAGACUCCUCAGGAAAGUGCUGAGGAGAUCCAAACAUACCAACGUUACAAGUAUCCUACAAUGACUAAAACCCAGGGUAACUUCAGGCUUUCGGUCAUUGAGGGUGAAUUUACUGAUUCUCAGAUUAUUGUGAUGCUUGGUGAGAAUGGUACUGGAAAAACAACCUUCAUACGGAUGUUGGCUGGAUUGUUGAAGCCGGAUACUGUAGAAGGUACAGAUGUUGAAAUACCUGAGUUCCAUGUUUCGUAUAAACCUCAGAAAAUCAGUCCUAAGUUUCAAUCUACUGUGAGACACUUGCUGCAUCAGAAAAUAAGGGAUUCUUAUAUGCAUGCUCAGUUUGUGUCGGAUGUUAUGAAACCGUUGCAAAUUGAGCAACUCAUGGACCAGGAAGUGGUAAAUCUCUCUGGUGGAGAGCUUCAAAGAGUAGCCUUGUGCCUAUGUCUUGGAAAGCCAGCAGACAUCUAUUUGAUAGAUGAACCAAGUGCCUAUCUAGAUUCAGAGCAGCGUAUUGUUGCCUCAAAGGUCAUAAAAAGAUUCAUCCUUCACGCGAAGAAAACUGCAUUUGUCGUUGAGCAUGAUUUCAUCAUGGCAACCUACCUUGCUGAUAAAGUUAUCGUCUAUGAGGGGAUACCUUCUGUAGAUUGUACUGCCAACGCACCGCAGUCAUUGGUAUCUGGGAUGAACCGUUUUCUCUCACAUCUUGAUAUUACUUUUAGGCGAGAUCCGACCAAUUACAGGCCCCGCAUAAACAAGUUGGAUUCAACAAAGGAUAGGGAACAAAAAUCUGCAGGAUCUUAUUACUACCUUGACGAUUAAUGUAAAGGAGCAUAUGCAGGAUUAUUUAACUGCCCUGCCUUGUCCGGUGAUACAGAGCCCCUUUGCCACCACGAAUGAUCGCAACUAGAGUUAUAUUUUCUAGAAGGUUGAGGGUUAUUUUUCGCGUCUUGAUGCUUUCUAAUCUUUUACUUGCUUGAUCCUCCAACAUGUUGAGUCUAUUAUGACUUACUACAGAAAUCAGAAAGAGCUUCUGCCGCCCCUGCUGCCGCUUAUGGUUUGCUAUUUCCUAUUUGAUCCUCUACCCUUACAGACUGGCUCGUGCACCAAAUUCGCCUGCUUAAGAAUCUGUCAGCUGAAUAGAGGUUCCUAGGUUUCGAGCUGUAGUCGCAUGCGGUUACUGAAAUUUUUUGUCGGCAGUUAAUACUCUGGUUAUUUUACUGUAAUAAGUCAUCUUGGUCUGAGUGUUGUACGGGUUUAUUUAUCGCCUUAACUUGAGAUUCAUUUUAAACUCAGUUCGGAUGCACCAGUUUUUUCUAUAUAUAGAGGUUGGGAUUGUAAUUUA